GUUAGCGGCAGUGUUGAGUUAGUGCUAAACUGGGAUGCUAAAUAUUUUUGUUUUAAAAUGGAUAAUCUACCUCCGCAGCAACAUGGAGAUCGUGAGAAAUCCGAAAAAAUGAAAAUUGCAAGCCAGGUAAAGCACAUCCCGAAAGAUGCACAAGUGAUAAUGUCCAUUCUUAAGGAACUCGGAAUCAGCGAUUAUGAACCUAGAGUGAUCAAUCAGUUGCUGGAAUUUACUUAUAGGUAUGUGACCUGCAUUUUGGACGAUGCAAAAGUUUUCGCAAAUCAUGCACGAAAGAAAGUUAUCGAACUGGAUGAUGUGAAGUUGGCCACACAGAUGAUUUUAGAUAAGGCUUUCACAAGUCCUCCUCCUCGUGAUGUCCUCCUGGAGAUUGCCCGUAAUCGCAAUAAUACUCCACUUCCGCUGAUCAAAACACACUGUGGCCUCCGCUUGCCGCCAGAUCGUUACUGCCUAUCGGCAUGUAAUUACAAGCUUCGAGCUGUACAACAGGCUAAAAAGAUGAACAAAUCUGCCAUUGAGCACCGAUCCACCAUAAAGACAAACUUGGGAAAGGGAUCCUCUGGUUCGACUGCGGCGACUGGCGUGAAACGUCCCGCCGUUCAAUCAACCCCGAAAACUCAGGUGGUGACAAUUCCGAAACCAGUUUUCAAAUUCACCUCGACAGCCAAGGCCACGACUACAAAGCCUGUAAAGUCGUCGACCGCAGGCGGAGAUGGUCCGAAUGGUAUGGAAAUCAAAACGGAGGUGGAAGAUCCCCUUGCUUUUGGCACGAGUGAAACCGAAACCGGAAGUAUGAAGCGGAAAAGGGAAGAGGAUGAUUUUGAAAUAGUUCAGUAGAAGAUUACAACUGAUCACGUCAUCAUGUAAUUUAAUAAUAUUUUCAAUUUGCUUCACUCUUAUAAC